AUGCCAGCUGAGGGUGAUAAUCUUCACAGCAGUUCUCAAGCAUCUGCAGUCGGUCACUAUGCCUCCGACCUUGAAGGAAGCCCUGGCAAUUCACCAGGCUUUGAUAGCGAUGAGGUCGUCAACACCCGGCUGCAAACCAGGAACAGACCGAAUCCACUCGAUAAGGGGAAUUUUUGGAAUCAUGGCGACGCUCCGAAAGAUCCCUCUUUAAUUCUACCGCGUGCGCGACCAGCCCCUACAAAACGAGAGACCCCACGCAAGAGGAAGAGCCUCGCCCCAUCACAAAACAUCGAUAGUGAAAGUUCACAAGAUCCUCCACGUGCGCCCGGAAAGCAUCAAAGAACAGGCUGGACAAGGAAAAGAUUGGUGGAUUCGUUAGGUCCUUCGGAAGAUUUUACCACCGACAAGUAUCCUUUCUCUGCACUUGAUGAUUCUCAGACGCCUUCUCACCCUGGUGCUACUUUAAGAAAGUAUCACCCAUCUCCGGAGCCCAGGAUCAACCGUAGCGGGGCAAUGUCUUUCGCCGAGCUCACUCGACAACCACCUUCUACGUCGUCCAUGUUACGCGGAUCCCGGGUCACUUAUGCUCGCCAACGCUCAUUCUUAGACGAUAAUCCUCUCCUGGACAGUCUCACGGGCGGCAAGUCUGUCACUUCUUCAGGGAGCCAUGACCUAAGCCCAUCUCGCCCGUCGGCUCUCCAUACUCAGCUUCUGCAUAGCGUCGACGACGAUGAGAAUGAAAAGGGUGAUAGCAAGCCUGUUCGUAGUAUUCACGAGCUUAGGCAAGCUGGAGAAAAGGCUCGUUUUUGCGAAACAGUUGAAUUAAUUCUGGAGGAUAUCGAAGGCUCGUCUAACUCGCUUUCGGAAAGAUGUGAUGGCUACUCCCGACUUUGUUUGAAUCUCUUGGAGCCUCGGUUUGUUCGCCAAUUUUGUGAAUGUGGCUUCGAAGAGCGCAUAGUGGAAUCAACAACUGAAGGCCUUGAUAUGAUCCCGGCCUCGCUUGCCCUCUGCGCAUACAGUCUGAUCUUCAACAGUGGAUCCUUUUCCUUCGUCCUCUCGGGUCGCUUUUGGUGGAAGAUCAUGCAAAUUGCUCCUCAACUCCUUGUCUUUGACGUGAGCUUCACGUGUCUAGUAGAUCAACAGUCUACUACUAGCACUGCCAAACCUGUGCGUCAUUCUCUCAGAAAGAAUUUGCAGCAGAUUCUCUCCGCAGUGUGUGGGGACCAGUCAUCAAAUACAUCGCCGCGUUUCUUGGCGCUAUAUGUCAUCAACACGUUUCUCCAUAACCUUCGGCAAAAGGUUCGCAGUGUUGAGCCUAUUUCCACGUCAUUGUUGGACCAAUUGGUCGGGUUACUUAUGACAAACAAGCCUGGAAAACAAAGUGCCACCCAGUUCGAAUUGUUUUCCUCGGUAUUGUCAAUAUUGGACUCUUCCACAGUCUUAUCAUCCGGCCCUUGGAGUCAUAGUCAAUGCAAUUCCUUUGGCUUACUUUCUCGGUUAUGCUGGCUCUUUUAUCCGAAUCAGCUCGAUCAGAACCGGAGAGUCUUGGGCCUCUACAUCCGGGUAAUUAUGAACAUUACUAACACCAACUCGUCGCUUUGUAAGGCACUCGCUACUCCCGAACUAGUCGCUGGGCUUGUCGGAAUCGUCGCCGAGGAAUUUUGCCAUGUGCCUGAUGAUUCUCCCGCUAAAGAAAACAGCUCCUUGGACAUUGUAAUACUAGCACUCGGUGCGCUCACCAACGUGGCGGAAAAGAGCCAAUCUUCCAGGGCCUUGUUUCUAAUGUCGGCACGUAACUCUACUUCUUUCUUCCAGCUGCUUUUGCAGCAAUUUUCCCACGGCAUCAAUUCCAUUGGAAAGGCACAUUCCGUCUCUGAGGUACACAAAAAUGUUGCUAUCGGAUAUCUAUCAAUCCUUUUGGCUACACUCUGCCUGAAUGAGGAAAUUCUUUCUCAGGCGGAGACAAUGCUGGACAAGGGCCUUGCUCUUAUAUUGUCAACUGCUGAGGAGUUCUUGCAAUAUCAUCAAAAGGUAGAGCAGGACUCUUAUCCUAUGGAGUCUCGGGACGACGGAGGCGCUGGGCUCAGCACGAGGCUCGAACAUAUAAUAUCUAGUUUAAGACAACAUGACGCCUACCAUCAGUAG